AUGAUUCUAGCUGUUAGGAGGCCAGAAGACUACGAUCGAAUCUGUGGCCGGAAUGGUCAUAUCAAAAAGACAAGUAUAUCUUCAGAUUACUCUGGUGAUCAGCAGCCAACGCACAGUCGCUCGAAGAGGAUGAGGACGUCAUUCAAACAUCAUCAGCUACGCACAAUGAAACAAUAUUUCAAUUUGAAUCACAAUCCGGAUGCCAAGGAUCUUAAGCAACUGGCUCAAAAAACCGGACUCACCAAGCGGGUAUUGCAGGUAUGGUUCCAAAAUGCAAGAGCGAAAUUCCGACGAUCGAUGCAUAACAGUGAUGGUUCUAGUAUUUCUCCGUUCCCAGUGGUAUCGUCAACUAGUCAAGACGAACAGGUAGAGUUGAGUUUCAAAUGUGAUCGUUCUUCUAUUGCUGCAAUUCUAGGGACCUAA